ACUCAACAUUAAUUUUUAAAAACAAAACUCAACAAGUGCACACUGCACAUGCGAUCAAAAUAUUAAUUAAUUUUGAAUGAAAAAUGAAGAUUUUUGUUAAGCAGCUUUACACAGCUGUGGCUUGUAAUCGUACCCCAGAAAUCGUCGAUUGGAAUAAAGAAGGGCUUAUAUGCUUUGGAGCAAGUAAUGCGGUGGUUAUUUAUAAUACGGAUUUAAAAGGAAGAGACCCUCUUACAGUUCUUAGCCACCAUCAGUCUAGAGUUAAUUCAGUGAAAUGGCUGAUAAAACCUGGUGGUUUGUGUACUGAACUGAUAUCGGCGUCGGCAGAUAAAACGGCUGUCAUUUGGACUCUUGAAAAUGGAGUGUGGAAAGUUACAAGUGUACUGGAAGGUCACUCUGAUGGAAUUACUAGUAUUUAUGGAAUGUAUACAGGCGGAAAUGACUUAUUUGUCUUUACUUCAUCUAUUGAUUCUACAGUUAGAGUGUGGGAGAGAUCAAAUGGUACUGUCAACUUAAAACAGAUAAUUAACCUGAAUUCUGGAUUAUGUCUUACUUUACAUGCUCUUAUGUUACCAGUAGUUAAUAAGCCCAUACUUUUUCUUGGGCUAGAUGACAAUAAGAUUCAUGUAUUUGCCCUAAAUGGAGAGUAUCACAGAGUUGAUGUCCUGAUUGGACAUGAAGAUUGGGUACGGGGUAUGGACAGCAUAAUUGAAGAUAACACAAUACUAUUAGCAUCAGCGUCACAAGACACAUACAUUCGUAUUUGGCGCAUCCAACGCUUUUACGAUGAGCCGUCGUCGUCGUCGCAGGUGUCAGGGAUUAAGGUGGAGAAGAAAGUGUUUGAUGCAUAUGAUGUGAUCUGGUCUGUGAAACUAGAAGCAGUUCUGGCUGGUCACGAGGGCUGGGUAUAUGGAGUUCAGUGGGACACUUUUAGUGAAAAGGACAACAAGCAGCCAAUCCAUCGUCUGCUGUCAUCAUCUUUGGAUAAAACUAUAAUCAUUUGGGAGCCCGAAAAGGGUGGGGCCUGGGUGGAGAAGAUAAGAGUGGGUGAAGUAGGUGGAAACGGUCUCGGUUUCUAUGGCAGCCGUUUUGGUCCAAGUGCCUUUAUGGGGCAUGGCUAUAAUGGAUCCUUUCAUAUUUGGAAAAUAGAUAAGGAAUUAAAAACAUGUGAGACGAGUAUAGUGGUGGGAGGUCACUUCAGUGGAGUGGAAGAUGUCCAAUGGGAGACGAAGGGGAGGUACCUUCUUAGUGCUAGUCUAGACCAGACUGCGAGAUUACACGCGCCUUGGAAAGUUGGACAUGGAAUAGAAGAAUGGCAUGAGAUAGCGCGACCACAAGUACACGGCUACGAUAUGUGUUCACUGGCGCCACUCGGCGCCGGUCUGUACGCAUCCGCUGCAGAGGAGAAGGUCAUCAGGGUGUUCCAAGCACCCGGGAACUUUAUUUGCAACUUCCAGAAUAUCACUGGCCAGGAGCUGGAAGCUGAGGAUGCAGCAGGACCCGAAGGUGCCUCGGUGCCAUCCCUAGGUCUUUCCAACAAGGCAGUGUUCAGUGGAGACGACAUCCAAAACUCCGAUGCAGACAAUGACGGAUAUUUUGUUCCCAUUGAAUUGCAUGAACCCCCAACAGAAGAAACCCUGAUGCAGAACACGUUAUGGCCCGAGGCCCAAAAGCUAUACGGCCACGGCUAUGAAGUGUACUGCGUAGCUGGAUCUCCCGAUGGCUCACUGCUGGCCUCCGCCUGCAAAGCCACCACUGCGCAACACGCUGCUGUACUUAUAUGGGAAACGAAAUCUUGGCAACAAAUACAGAAGCUUGUCUCACAUCAGUUGACAGUCACACAAUUGGCUUUCUCACCCGAUUCGCGUCAUCUCCUCUCGGUAUCCAGAGAUAGGAGAUGGACCCUGUUCACCAGAGAAUCGGGAGUGUUCAGCAUUGCAGCCAGUACUGACAAAACUAAUGGGGUCCAUUCGAGGAUUAUUUGGUGUUGUGCGUGGCUUUAUGACGGAAGCGGGUUUGGGACGGGAUCUAGGGAUGGAAAGGUUUGUCUAUGGUCAAAAACAGAUACGACCACAGAUUCAUCGCUCAAAGACUACGCUCUACUCGGAAAGCCUUUAGAGUUAUCUAUAUCUGUGACCGCUUUGGCCUUCGCGCCAACUCUAAAGAGUCGAAUUGCCGCGAUAGGGUUGGAGACGGGGUGUAUACAGAUAUACAUAAAUGACGAUACCUGGACGUUAUUACACGAGUUGGAUAAUAGUUCGGCUCACCAUCUAACGGUGAAACGUCUAUCUUUCAAGCCAAGGACGAAAGAGGAUAAAAAGAGGGAAUUCGUUCUGGCCAGUUGUGGCUCUGACCAUUUCGUCCGAAUUCACAGCAUAGCAUUUGACACCGUUCAGACAUAGUAUGCCGAAUGCCGAUGCUGAUUCAUGUUUGUCGUCAUUCCUGCUAAGCGAGCUUCGAACCCAGCAUCUUUGGGUUCCGUAGUACCUUUCCUCCUACCAAAUCUUAAUACCAAAACUGUGCAUUUUAAAAUAAAUUGUCUAACCGUUACAACUAAAGUAAUCUGUCACUUUUCAUCGUAAACACAAUGUAUCAGAAAGAGACAAAUAGUAUUUCUAUGAAUAAGGAUGUGUCGCUCAAGGAUCUUAUAAGCUAUUAAAUAAAAUAUAAUAUUUAAAAAAUGUUUUAUUUUCCUCUUACAUCUAGCUAUACUGAAAAAUACAUACAAAAUGUAACUUUUGGAAGCACCCUGAUUUUGCAUUUAGCAGCGUGUAACUAUAUUUUUUAAUGUUAUGAUAAAUUCGUGAACCAGCUAUUCAAAUGCUGAAUUAUUGAUCUUAAUAUAUUGUAUUUUCUAACCAAAAUGUCUGAAGAUAUGUUUUUAAAUUUAAAUGCACUUGUAUCUUCAAUUGCCACCUUUUGUAAUUUCUACACCGUUGAUUUGAAUAAAUGUCUAGCUAAAAAU